UACGACAUAUCAUGCCUGACACCACAGUUAAAGCGCCCAAGAAGGGCUCCAAGAAAGCCGUCGCUAAGAGCGUCAGCAAGACUGGCAAGAAGAGGAGGAAGUCCAGGAAGGAGAGCUACGCCAUCUACGUGUACAAAGUGAUGAAGCAGGUCCACCCUGAUACCGGCAUCUCCUCCAAGGCCAUGGGCAUCAUGAACUCGUUCGUGAGCGACAUCUUUGAGCGCAUCGCCGGUGAGGCCUCUCGUCUGGCUCACUACAACAAGCGCUCCACCAUCACCUCCAGGGAGAUCCAGACCGCUGUCCGCCUGCUGCUGCCCGGUGAGCUGGCGAAGCACGCCGUGUCUGAGGGAACCAAGGCCGUGACCAAGUACACGAGCUCCAAGUAAACCUGAUAAACCUGAUGUAGACCAACAACACAAAGGCUCUUUUAAGAGCCACACACUUCUUCUGAAGAGAUUUCCCUAUACCAGUGUGCGUUUAUGAUAAACAUU